GUGGCGCUCACGCGGCAGCCGCGCCGGCAGCCAAUGGAGCGGACCGCCGGGUGGGAGAGGGCUAAGAGCCACGGGCAACUUGGACAACGACCAGAGCGAUUUCCAUACGGAGCGGGGAGGCCAUGUUUCUGUUGUGAGAACGUGUUGUCGUUGGAGCGAACAAAACAACGCGCCGCCGGCCCGAUUCACCCCCGGGUCCCAGCGCUAUGUAGCAGUCCUCGGAGCCGGCGCCGGGAGAGCUCGCCUGGAGCUUGACGGCUGGCAGCAGCGUGGCAGCGAGUGACGGGCCCGCGAGCGCGAUGCGGAGCGGCCCCCGAAACGUCUUCUCGCUAGGCCUCGCGUGCACGGCGGCGUCGUCGGCGGUGCUUCUGUUGGCGGCACUGCUGGCGGCGCGUCCCUGCGUCGGGCAGGCAACGAGCUCGCGCGUGUCCGACCACCGGGCAGGGUCGAUCCCGCACCACGGCCGCUGCGAGCCCAUCAGUAUCCCGCUGUGCAAAGACAUCCAAUACAACGAGACCAUCAUGCCCAACUUGCUCAACCACCAGAAGCAAGAGGACGCCGGCAUGGAGGUGCACCAGUUCUUCCCGCUGGUCAAGGUCAAGUGCUCGCCGGACCUCCAGUUCUUUUUGUGCUCCAUGUACGCGCCCGUAUGCACCAUCCUCGAGUAUCCGAUCCCGCCGUGCCGCUCGCUCUGUAUGUCGGCGCGCAGCGGCUGCGAGUCGCUCAUGAACAAGUUCGGCUUCAAGUGGCCCGAGUCGCUAGAGUGCGACAAGUUCCCUGAAGUGGGCUCAGAGAAGCUCUGCGUCGGCGAAAACGUCACCGAGCAUCGCAUCAGCACGCCGGCGUCGCCGAACUCCACCGGACUCUUGGUGAACCACGGGUUCGUGUGCCCGCGCGAGUUCCGUGUACCGCUGGGACUGGAUUACGUGUUCCGCAUCCGGGGCAAGGAAGAGAAGAACUGCGGCAUGCCCUGUCACCACAUGUUCUUCCGGGGCGAGAACCUCAAGUUUUCGCGCUACUGGAUCGGCGCGUGGGCCGUUCAGUGCAUGGUGUCCACGCUAUUCACCGUGCUCACGUUCCUGAUCGACAUGCAGCGGUUCCGGUACCCGGAGCGGCCCAUCAUCUUCCUGUCCUUCUGCAACCUGAUGGUGUCGGCCACCUACUUCGCGGGCUUCGUGCUGGGCGACCAGGUGGCCUGCAACGAGCCCUUUGACCCCCCGGGGGGCCACGCCAACAUGGAGAUGGUGCGCACCAUCACCCAGAACAACAAGAAGGAGACCUGCACCGUCAUGUUCAUGGUGCUCUACUUCUUCAGCAUGGCGGGCUCCAUCUGGUGGGUGGUGCUGACGCUCACCUGGUUUCUGGCCGCGGGGCUCAAGUGGGGCCACGAGGCUAUCGAAAGCAACUCGCAGUACUUUCACCUGGCUGCUUGGACCAUCCCGGCCGUCAAGACCAUCACCAUCCUGGCCAUGGGCAAGGUAGAAGGCGACGUCCUCAGCGGCGUCUGCUACGUGGGGCUCUGGAACAUGGACGCCCUGCGCGGUUUCGUGCUUGCUCCGCUUUUUGUCUAUCUCGCACUGGGCAAGGUGUUCCUUAUGGCGGGCUUCAUCUCGCUCUGCCACAUCCGCACCGUCAUGAAGCACGACGGCACCAAAACGGACAAGCUUGAAAAGCUGAUGGUCCGCAUCGGAAUAUUCUCCUUCCUGUACACACUGCCAGCGCUCACGGUGCUCUGCUGCUACUUCUACGAGCAGGCCCACUUCGACGACUGGAUGCUCGGCUGGCACUGGCAGGUGAACGCCGAGAAGCGCUGGAGCAUCCCGUGCCCCGAGCCUUCCUGUCUGCGUCGCGAUCGUGCGCUACGACGCCCCGAGUUUUACGUCUUCAUGAUCAAGUACCUGGGUAUCCUAAUCGUCGGCAUCACCUCGGGCGUCUGGAUCUGGUCCGGAAAGACAUUCGCUUCUUGGAGGAACUUUUACGCUCGCCUGCGAAACUUGACCACCGUCGCGCCGGCCAGGCGCCGCGCCGAAGCCUACGUUUGACCGCUGUCCGUCGAUGCUCGCGCCACCGACGCUUCUACUCAGGAAUUCCGCCCGCACGCGAAGGCAGCAACGGUAGGGAACGUAUCAAGCCUCAUAGCGCUCAGCCCGGUGGGACAUCGUAGCCGACAGGGAACUCCCGCGGCGCAGGCGCCUCGAGCGACGUCGCCUCCAACACGGCGACGGCGUCCUCCUCGAGCCGUCUGCGAGCGUCGGGCGCGUGGGCCGCGGGGUCAAAGCCACGCUUCUUUCUACAGCCACUGCGGUGUUUAAUCCGACGCGGUAUUGUAGACAGAAACUGCUUUUUUUUUUUUUUUUUUUAACAGUUUACUCUGCGUGAAUGUGCGGCCGCUACAGCUGCAUGUUCAUUACAAGCGCGGGAUACCACUCAGUCUGUUCGGUAUGCGCCAUGAGUGCGCUUACGCAGUAUUGGGAGGAAGCUCGCAGCAGGCGGCUCUACAGUGUACAAUCAGUACUUCAUAGAGCUGCCUACCGAAAAUAUAUCACCACUUGGUAUAUCGGGUAAAGGUAACUUGGAAUUUUAAAAAAAAGAAAAAGAACACUGGCUAGGUGGCGCAAGCUGCCAUCUGAUUCAAAAGGUUCAGUCCAUCUAUGCAUCUGGUGGCUUGCUCCGUUUCUCGGUUCCUUAGGAAGUGAGACAUCGAGUAGGCCAUUCUGGUGUGAGUAGUAGAUCUGGCCCAUUCUAGGAUUUAAGGUAAAAAGUCGGGGCUGCUUUUGUUGAGACCUAAAAAGGAGCACUUGCUAUACUCCGUUUCACAGCAACUUGGCGAACUGUGGAGGCUGCGGCCCCCGGGACCCAAUUAGAGCAUCGGAGCAAGGCAUGUGACAACACUCCAUGGUCGAUGCCAAGGAGGCCUCGGUACCACACAGCAGCGCUGUCCGCGACAAAGAGUGGUUCUAGGCUUUUUUUUCUUUUAACGGCAAUUGUACUCGCGUGAUUCCAUCUUUGUCGAGACUAAACUACAUGAUAGGGAAGAAAAACAAAGACAUGUUACUUUUCAACAAUACUUGAUUUGGAUCAACCGUCUUCCGAGAACAAUGUGGCUUUUGAACGAUGUUUGAAUGAUAGCAGCCCAGUAAUCGACCACUUCCACUCAAGCAUCGCCCUGGCAUUAGCAUCCGCCAGACUCGCGGGUAAAUUGAGCUUGUGGUUGUCUCAUUAACUGUUCCCAAAGAUCUCGCCAUUCUAGCGGACGGCAAUGUUGCUGCGGUGGGCGUUCAUCCGAAGUUGGUUGGUUUCGCAGCAGACGACUCUUGGCCAGCAGACGACAGCCAGUUCCUCAAGGCCUCACAUUUAAUGCAGUGACACAAACGCUCCAGUGAUGCGGUCUCACGUGCCUCACUCCGAUGCUCUUAUUGGGUUGCAGGCGCCGUAGCCUCAACAGUUUGCCAAGUUAUCGUAAAAUGGAGUAUUGUUUGAGUUCUGCAAAUUAUCUUGUUACGUCGUUGACUAGGAAAUUGAAGGGCCUAAUUUUUCUUAUCUCCAUGGGUGUUUGGCAAUGUGCAGAACAUACUUUGAAUCCUAAAUCUCCUAUGGUCACUGGCUGCAUUAUUCCAGCCACAGACAAAUUAAUUUAAUUAUAUAUACAGCAUGUCCUCCCACAAAAAAGAAGUAUUUGCAGGGUUUUUUAACUGCAAAAUUAAACUAUGCACCAUCGAAUGCUCAUUCUCUGCCCAAGUGUAGUGUUAGCGAUAUGAACCAGAUGCCAAAGUUUCAAAACUGGCAGUUUUCUCACGUUUGCGGUAACAGGCACCAUUCAGCUCCAUGUAUUCGACAGCUCUGUCGGAUGCUAUGUUACCAUUUAAAAUUUCAGAAAAUCACUUUAUAAUGGUUAUCUUUCGUCUCACCUUAGCAUGGACUAACUGUGAAGCCUGUGCAAGCGUGAGCUGCUAGCCUUUGCUGCCUUGACUGGAGCACUCGCUGCACAAGUGCUCAUGCAGCCGCUGAGGCUUUAUUCAAAGCAACUACCUCGCGCGUUUAGUACGCGCGGCGAACAAUAGUCCAUGCUAAGGUGAGACGAAGUAUAGUUCUGAAACUUUGGCAUCUAGUUCGGACCGCCAGAGCUACAUUUGACUGAAAAUGAGCGUUCAGCAAUGCAUAAUUCAUAUUUGUGGUGAAAAUAACCCUGUACAUUUUAUUGGGGGGAUGCCCUGUAUACCAAUCGAGUCUGGUUGGCAGUUAGCAUGCCAAUGCUAGAAAGUGGAGCCUGCAUAUGUCGCCAAAGCCAAAGUGCUACCUCCUAGUACUCUUACAUAUCUGCACAACAUUUCACUUUUCCAGACUCGCAUGCAGUCGUUAGGUCUCUUUCAAUGUAGGAGAGGUAUUUCCACAAUUUUCAAAGCCUGCCAAUGCAGUCUUACAAUUUUUUUCUAAAUCUGCUUUGAAAUAGCCUCCAAGGUCUGCAAGAUGAAUGUGUCACUGAGUGGCGACUUCAAUACCUGGCUUGCAUGUGACAUAAUGGCAACAUGCUGAUGGUCAUUCUUGAGAAAAGCAAAGUGGUGGUAUAAAAUGUAUGCUGCAAAAAGUAUGCUUUGAACCACAAGUCCACCACAAUGACAGCUGAUGCGACGUCAGUGCAAGCCACGCAUUGAACAGUGUUGCUCAACAAAUGUGGAUGCUUGUAUCUGGUUGCCCAAAAGUGGUUGUGUUGUACAUUGCAUACAGUUUUGAUGCCUAGCAAGAGUAGAUUGAUGCGAGUGGUUGUUCACAAGUCAAGAACUGGCUUGGUACACAACCUUGAGACAGGAGGUGACACUUUUUCUUUCUCUCUUUGCAUUUGUUUGUGCACAGACUGUGCCAAGGCCCAUGACAGUUAAAACAAUUAGAUCAUUCUUUUUUUUUUUUUUUUCCAAGUUUGCAAGUGUAAGAAUCCUUUUCUUCUCUUAUCAAGUCAUAAUUUGGCAAUAAAUGUCUUCAACCAGCCAUAUUAGAUCUUUAGCAGGGGUCUAUGAGCUAGCAUUUCUCCAUUAUAAUGGAAUUUUUCAAACCCAUGGUUAAAAUGUAUUAUAGUUCCAUCACCCAAAUCUGCCAAAUGUCUGCUGUUCUUUUAUUAGAUAUUUAUUAGCGAAUUGUCCAUACAUUGGAUCUUCUAAGAACUAACAAGUAAAAGUUUCUUGAAGUAAGACCCAUCCACAGGGGAGUAAAUUGACUGCAUUAACAUAGAGUAAACCUACGGCAAAUUAAUUUGAAAUACACAGCUGUUUAAUAAUGAAGGGUAUCAAAUUUCGCAGUUUUACUACUGUCAUUGGAUUUUAGAAAGGAUGUUUCAUUUCCUAAAAAUAGAUUUAUGGGUUCUGUGCCUAGGGCAAAAGAAGCAGUAAGUCACUGGAACUUUUGCGGGACAUGAAGUUUAUUUAGAAAAAAAACAAAAACAUGAGGAUAUACAAGAGUAAGCCAUCAGAGGUGUAUGAAAGCUUGAGAGGCACAACACAUGUACAGGUUUGGAAUACUGUACCUCUUGGAAUUGGUAUCACUACAGUUGACUGUGGUUGUCCCAAGGUAAAACAUGCUGGUGAAACUAGUGGCAUGCAAGCAAGCAUCAACCGAGAUUGUACAUAGCCUGUAUAUAUCUGUUUUAAAGUAUAGCUCAUCUUGUACAUUGCCAAAGGCAACAGCCUUUUCAACAGUGUUCGUUCCUUGGCACUAUGGACAUGUCACAGUCAACAUUUUCACUUUUGGCUCCAUAUGGGAGUGUUCAUGGUGCUGCCAACACUUUCUCCAGAUGUGUUCUUCAUUUGUAUUGCCAAAUAUUUUCUCAUUUUCUACUAUUUCUUGUUUGAUGUUCAGUGAUCUGUGCUGCAUAACAAAUGCACUCAGAAAUAUUCUCCAAAAAAUAUGUACUAGGUCUAAGGUGACAUACUUAACAGGUAAUCAAACAAAACAUAUCUCCAAGCACAUCUAAACUGCCAAAUAUGUCGGGAGAUUUUUCUCGACAUUGAGUGUGCCCUAGUUCUUUUUCUGUGGUCUGGAUGCUUGCAGGAGCUUUACAAAAAAAACUGUAAUGUUUUUUUUUUUUUUGUUUUUUUUUACUGAGGAGAAAAUAAGCACUUUUUAGAGGUAAGCAAAUGAUAAUAUCGUUCCUUUUGGCAAUCUGUCCUUACAGUGCCAGGAAACGAGGCGAAGUGGGUGUGCAUGAGAGAAAUAAGAGUACAACUAUCAGCGUCAUACUAAUGAUUGAGUAACUUCAAUGUCACAUAGCUAUCAAAAAUAAAGUUCACUUGGUGUGCAAAGAAAUUUUUCAUCUGUUUGCCCAGUCAUGUUUUUUUAUUGAAAAGCUGAGAUUUGUUUUUAUCGCUCUAAACUGCAAUUACCAUAUUUUUGUUUUACUAUUAUCAGUCUUUAAAUAUAGGCACUUAUUUGUUUUAUACAGGUCAUUUGUUGUAGAGGAGGGAAAGUAACUUGUGGUUUACUUACCACAAAAAAAAAGAAAAAAAGAGCAAUUUUUUUAAGUGAAUUUAUUUUGAUUUAUUUGCUGUUUUGCUUAUCGACAUUCGCAUAAAAUAGUAUUCACCAGGCAUGACCGCCUCGAAAUUCAUUGUGUCCCGUGCACCUGAAUCCCACCUCGAGAAAGUGUCUACAUUGUGCCAUAAUAAUUAUAGAUAUAUAUAUAUAUAUUUUUUUUUUUUCGCUUGCUGUAUGUGUUGUGCACAAAUCUCAUGACCAGACAGAAUGGAAGCUAAAAAUUGGUCGGCUGUCAAUAUUUGAGUGCCUUCCCAGUAGCGCACGGCUGCGGGGACUGUUAUUUCUUUCUCUUCCGACCUAGCGCAUGCUUUGAACAGGGUGCAGUUGGAAGGGUUUCUUUCGGGCUGUCUGUCGUGGCGCACGUUUCGCAAAACUGCGUGGGCGACGCCGCCCUCGCGUUUUUGCGAAAUAUCGCUUCUACCGUAACGCCCUUCCUUUCUUUGGUCGACGGUCGACUAGCAUUCGUGGAGACUGUCAUACGCGUUUGAUCAUCCAGACAUGUCCGUGGCUGUUGCGAACGAUCUUCACAUGUAUCUUGUUUCUUGUGGGGAUAAAGAAACUAGUGUAAGUUUUCACUCGUG